AUGAAUUGGCCUAGUUCUAUUCCCGACGUUUAUUCGACUGCUGUUCCUGGGAUCGGUUGUUCCCCAGCCAGUGGUGGUUUAGGCCAUGUCCAUCUGGGCAGUGGUGGCGACAGUGGAGGAAGCGGCUGCACCGGCGCUUCUGAGUACCACAGUGGUGGAAGUUUGGCUAGUACGGGGAGUACAGGAAGUACUUCAGCCUGUCAGUUACAAGGAUAUCAUCAAAGUCCCAAUCAGCAAUAUCAGAUUUCACAACAACAACAGCAAAGUAUGAGUAGACAGACGAAUGGCUAUGAAUCUGGGAUCGCAAGCAUGACUGAAGUUAUUGGAUCCGGCUCAUCAGGAUGUGAUCCACGGUAA